AUGGCAAAUUCAUCAGUUAUUGAUCAGCAAUACGAUCGAAUGCAAAUGCUCAAAGCUUUCGACGAAACAAAAGUCGGCGUCAAAGGCCUCAACGAUUCCGGGUAUCAUCUUGCAUGUUCUCUUCGCCAUAGGACUGAGGCGUCUUCCUCUUCCUCAGAUGAUUCGCUUUGGCAUUGGAUUUGGGGUAUUGAGGUUCUCCCGAAAAUCAAACUUUUUAUGUGGAAAUGUUUAGCUGGGGUGAUUCCUACCUCUAAAGCGCUUAUUUCUUGCUCGAUUGACGUUGAUCCCCUAUGUCGACACUGUGGUAAUGGUUUGGAAACACUGGAGCAUGUUUUGAGAGACUGUCCUUUGGCUUCCUUCGUGUGGGAGAUCUCUUCCCUUCGCCUCCAGCCAAUUUCUAUCUCUGGUCAUUGCUCUACUGCUGAAAGGUUCGACAUCAUCCGUCAGAUUCCUCAUGGAGAAGUUCACAAAACCUUCGCUAAUUUGGCGUGGGCGAUUUGGUAUUCUAGAAAUCUUUUGGUUUUUCAGGGUAAAGAGAUUUCUCACCUUGAAUGUUUGGCGACUGCCCAGCGUGCUACUUGGACUAAGUUGGUUUCGACUAAAAUGGUGGCUGCUAAUUCUUUGAUGGUGGAAUGUAGGCGUGAGCAGCAGGUGAAUAUUUCUUGUGAUGCUUCGGUUGUGGAGGGAGUUGGCGUGGGUUUUGGGGUGGUGAUGACGGAUAAGGAGGGCCUAUUUUUGGGUUGCUGCUUCGGUUUUUUACCUGGGGUGUUUUCUGUGCUGGAAGGUGAAGCUAAAGCUAUUCUGGAAGGUAUGAAGUUGUGUCGAGACCGAAAUCUUGAAGAUGUGAUUGUUGAAACUGAUAGUCAACUCCUCUUUUGGCGUCUGGUUAAUGGAGAGCCUGAUCCCUCUUACUUUGGUGACACUCUUUCGGGUAUUCUCUCCUUAGCCGCCAAGUUACGUCUUUGUGUGUUUAGUUGGACUCCUCGGGAAGGCAAUGCCAACGUUGAUUGUUUAGCAAAGUUUGUUUUGUUUAAUCGUUCUGUUUUUACCUUUUCUGAUGUUCUCCCCAAUUUUGGGAACUUUUCAUCUUUGGUUUAA